GGAACGGGCGGAGUGGAACGGACCGUAUGGUACUGUCAGCGAUGGCCGACGCCACUUGGUGGUACCGAGGAGGGACUUCCAAACAUGACUUGCAUUACAGACGGGAAGCAGAAGUUAACACCACGCUUGAGGAGUUACUACUCUACUUUGUGUUUUUAAUAAAUCUGUGUAUACUGACUUUUGGGAUGGUCAAUCCGCAUAUGUACUACUUAAACAAAGUGAUGUCGUCUCUGUUUGUGGACACGUCCCUCCCCAAUGACGACAGAAGCAGCUUUAGGUCCAUUCGCAGCAUAACUGACUUUUGGAAGUUCAUGGAAGGACCCCUUCUGGAGGGCUUGUACUGGGACUCGUGGUACAAUAACCAGCAGCUGUACAAUUUGAAGAACAGCAGCCGCAUCUACUACGAGAACAUUCUUCUCGGAGUCCCCAGGGUACGGCAGCUGAGAGUCCGCAACAACACUUGCAAGGUUUACUCAGCCUUUCAGUCGCUGGUGAGCGACUGUUACGGUAAAUACACAGCUGAAAACGAGGACCUGUCUGAUUUUGGCCUCAAAAGUGAUACAGAAUGGAAGUACUCGCCUUCUCCUGCCAACGCCCCUUGGCACUGGGGAUAUGUCGGUGUGUACCGAGACGGAGGGUAUAUAUUCACAUUAUCAAAGUCCAAAUCUGAAACCCAAGCCAAAUUUGCUGACCUUCGACUCCACAGCUGGAUCACCAGAGGGACCAGGGUUGUUUUUAUUGACUUUUCCUUAUACAAUGCUAAUGUCAAUCUGUUUUGCAUCGUCAGGCUGGUGGCAGAGUUCCCUGCGACAGGCGGGCUCCUCACCUCGUGGCAGCUCUACUCCGUGAAGCUCCUCAGAUACGUUACCCACUACGAUUACUUCAUCGCGUCCUGUGAAAUCAUAUUCUGUAUUUUCCUUUUCGUCUUCAUAACACAAGAACUGAGAAAGCUGAAUGAGUUUAAGAUCGCCUAUUUCAAAAGUAUUUGGAACUGGCUGGAGCUGCUGCUUUUGGCGCUGUGUUUCCUGGCGGUCUCUUUCUAUGCAUACUGUAACCUGCAGAGUUUUAUCCUACUCGGACGACUGCUUAAAAACACUGAAAACUACCCAGACUUCUAUUUCCUCGCGUACUGGCAAAUCUACUAUAACAACAUGAUUGCUAUUACUAUCUUCUUUGCAUGGAUAAAGAUAUUCAAAUUCAUAAGCUUCAACGAGACCAUGUCUCAGCUGUCGUCAACCUUGUCCCGCUGCAUGAAGGACAUAGUGGGGUUCGCCGUCAUGUUCUUUAUUAUAUUCUCCGCAUAUGCCCAGCUGGGGUUCCUUGUUUUCGGGUCACAGGUGGAUGACUUUUCCACUUUUCAAAAUUCCAUAUUUGCACAAUUUCGGAUUGUCCUUGGAGACUUUAACUUCUCCGGUAUCCAGCAGGCCAACUGGAUCUUGGGGCCCAUUUACUUCAUCACGUUCAUCUUCUUUGUGUUCUUUGUGCUGCUGAACAUGUUCUUGGCAAUAAUCAACGACACAUAUUCUGAAGUGAAGGCGGACUACUCAAUCGGCAGAAGACCUGAUUUUGAGCUUGGUAAAAUAAUUAAGAAGAGUUACCUUAAUGUUCUCGAGAAACUCAGACUGAAGAAAGCUCAAGAUAAUGAAGACAAGAAAAUCAGGAAAACCACCGGAGAUUUGGCCCAGCAAGCCAGAAAAGAAGGCUUUAAUGAAAGCGAGAUCCAAGGGGCAGAGCAGAUGAAGACGUGGAAGGAGAGGCUUGAGAAAAAGUAUUAUUCUACAGACCUUCAAGAUGACGACUACCAGCCUGUCACUCAGCAAGAAUUUCGAGAACUCUUUUUAUAUGCUGUGGAGCUGGAAAAGGAAUUACACUACAUCAGUUUAAAACUAAACCAAGUGAUGCGAAAGCUACAGUAACAAAGCUGGAGGUAAGACCGAUGAGGUGCGAUGCUCUAGCAACACUCGUGAGGUGCUUACUGCAUGUUCUCCUACACACAUCGCCAUCUCUGGUUACUUCAUUGCUUCCACUGUGCUGGGGACCGAGUGCAGAGUCCUGCAAAUGCUAGGCACCGUGCUACAUCUCCAGCCAAGAAGCAGCUCUCAGUUCUAACAGGAUGACUUCCAUGAACCGAAUGCAGCUGAAGGGAGCCCACUGUACCACCCCCACAUUUACCAAGUGCUUCCUGUAAUAUGCAUGUGGCACACUCACGGGAGUGUAAAAGGGAAGCACGGUCAAUGCUUCUUGGUCAUGGGGCAGAUCUCUAAGGUCACAGGGUAGAUCGCCAAUAGUUGGAGGUAGAGACAGAUGAACUAUUGGUAGUUUCAACCCUGGCACGUCCCAGGGUCUCACUUCCUUUGGACAGGGGUAAAGUAAUAAGAUUUUGGGAAAAUACUAUGCAUGAACAACAUACAUAAAAUAAUCUCCAUUCUAGACUCCAAAAUGCCUAGACAAAGUCAUAUACAACAACUCUGUGGCUAAAUACAGAAAUUUCACUACCACUUUCAAAAGCAGAUUUCAUCUGGUUUCUAAACAGCAGUAUGUCAAAUUUCCUAAAAAUAAAAAGAUGGCAUAUUAAGGCCGUAAGUUGUUUGGAAAUUACAGACAGGGGACCUUUGAGAGCCUUCUUGUUGGAAAGCUGUGUGUGACUAGUCCUUUAGAAACUGGAGGAAAACGUUACUUUCCUAAGCUACAUAAGAAGAGCCGUAUGAUAUGUCCUGUGGGUCAAAACAACACCAUAUUCAACCACAGCACUCAAUCAGCACGUUAAUGCUCAAUGUACAUGUUUAAAACAUGAAUAAAUUGCUGGACAGUGGUAGCAUACACCUUUAAUCUUAGUACUUGGG